AUGGCGGGAGGGAAGGGUGUGACGUAAUCUACCACGUCAUGACCAGCGCUGAUUAUGAUAAAAUGCAAUCGUGAUGACGUCACAUACUUCAGAGGCUUCCACCCCUCUUGAAGAGUAUUCGAUAAAAAAGUAAAAUGGCAGACGGCAGCGAUAAAUUACGUUUCUUGUUUGGAGUAGGAGAUCUCAGCGAAUUGGAUACCAGGGCCAUAGUUAGGAUAUUUUGGGGAUGACUGCCAUGUCGGACAACACCUAAAUUGUUUAGAUGAGGACAAAAGAUAACACAUAGAACAGCUUUUUGGAUCUUUAUUUUUAAUAAAACCAACCUGCAUUGCCCUAACAAACACAAUUAUCUUUCUUGAGUUUCUCCUUUUGUGGAUGAGUGUUUCGUGGACAGAUAUGAAGACAAAACAUUUUGGUCAGAUUUCACCCAUAGUCGAAAUGACACAACGUCAGAAUUCAUGCAGGUUGCUCUAUGAAUGCUAGUGUACAUCGCUUUGUAACUGUCAUGCUGGAUGGGACUUGGAAUCACCUGUAUAGAACAAUCGUAAAAGCCAGUUCUCUAUAAUAGUUCAGCAGUCCUUACACCAGUCAGCACUAUGAGAGAAACGACGACAGUUAACACAAAUAUCACACUGACUGUGAAAGACUUUGCCGAGUACGAUGCUGCCAUGGUAAUCUGGCACUACAUUUCGCCACUAUUGCUGUUGGUUGGUACUGUGGGAAGCAUUCUGUCCAUUGUUGUGUUGUCAAGAACAAGACUGCAUUCAGCGACCACGAAGUUCUAUCUGGUCCUGCUGGCGUGUAAUGACGUCAUUGUUCUCAACCUGGGACUGUUGCACUACUGGAUGGACUAUACCUUCAAUUUCAAUUUAAGGAACACUUCUAGCUUCGCCUGUAAGGUUCACACCUUGGCCGUCACCCUGUUUUUAGACUACUCUGCUUGGAUUAUUGUAAUGUUAACAGUAGACAGAUGUAUUUGUGUCUGCCUGCCUGCUAAGGAAUCACAGUUUUGUAACAUAAGGAAUGCAAGAAUCGUUUCAGCGGUUGUCUUUCUUAUGCUCCUGGCAGUGAACAUGCAUUUUUUGUGGACAUAUGAUGUGGUGGAUAGGAUCAUGUUUGGACGAACAAUAGACUGUUAUGUAGGCAGACAAGAAUAUAAAUACUUCGCUCAGUAUGUUUGGACGUGGAUCGAUUUCUGUGUUUUUUCAUCCAUUCCAUUUGUUAUCAUGGUGGUCGGAAAUGUUUUAAUCUUAAGAGAGUUGAGAAUAUCGUCUAAGAAAUUGCAGGUCCACAGAGAACGGUCUUCGCGUAGUACAUGCCAUUCAUUGAAACACCCAGAUUCUAGUAUAUGUUUCUUAGAACAUAGCCCACCUGCAAAUUCGCACUUUGUGGAUACUAGUAGUAUACCAGAAGAGUGUUCACUUCCAUCAGAAGCUAUGUCAGAAGUCACUUCGCGUGUAAUGGAUCCUAUGCCACAAGCUAAUGUGCAUGUAAUGGAUCAUAUGCAUGAUGAAAAUAUGCAUGUAAAAUGUCCUAUGCCAGAAGCGAACUCACUUGUAACAGAUUCAGUGCCAGAAAUGAUUCCUUCUGAAACGGAAAUUACUGAAGGACCGCAGACAGUCAAACCAGUUUCCAGUAAUGUUUUGCCAGUAUACGAUCUGCAACAAGAUCGACCUAGCCCAACUGAAAAUACGCACUUCGUGGACCCUAUAACAGAAGAGAAUUCACUUACAACAGAUGCACAGUCAGAAGCCAUUUCGCAUGUAAUGGAUCCCAAGCCAGAAGCUACCUUGAAUGUAAUGGAUUCUAUGACUGAAUCUAAUUCACAUAUAACGGAUCCUAUGAGAGAAGAUAAUUCACUUGUAAGAGAUGCAAUGCCAGAAACAAUUCCAUCUAAACUCGGAACUGCAGAAAGUCGGCAGUCAAUCGACUUUAAAAUUAUGAUGACUAAAAAGAUGUCAAAAUUCAAAUUAUUCAAAUUAUUAUUUAGAAGGACCCAUCAUACAAAGCUGGCAGUAAUGCUUCUAUCGAUUAAUUGUACGUUUCUUCUGUUGACGUCACCAAUUGUGAUUUACCUGAUUGGGUUAAGUCACUGGCAGGUCUCUCCAGAUGUACACGAAGAGGCGGAACUAAUGCUUGGCUGGGCUGUAACCAGCAUCUUGCAGUAUGCUGACAAUUCCAUUCAUUUCUUCCAGUAUUACCUGACAAUACCUUGUUUUGGUAAAGUGUUCUGGUCAACAUUUGGUAAACCACGUAUCGACCCCAAGGUGAAACGACGACAGCUAACAAAUAUCACACUGACAGUGAAAGACUUUGCCGAGUACGAUGCUGCCAUGGUAAUCUGGCGCUAUAUUUCUCCAUUAUUGCUGUUGGUUGGCACCGUGGGAAGCAUUCUGUCCGUUGUUGUGCUGUCAAGAACUAGACUGCAUUCAGCGACCACGAAAUUCUAUCUGGUCCAGCUGGCGUGUAAUGAUGUCAUUGUUCUCAAUCUGGGACUGCUGCACAACUGGAUGGACUAUACCUUCAGUUUCAAUAUAAGUAACACUUCUAGCUUCGCCUGUAAGGUUCACGCCUUGGCCGUCACCCUGUUUUUAGACUACUCUGCUAGGAUUAUUGUAAUGUUAACUGUAGAAAGAUGUAUUUGUGUCUGCCUCCCUACUAAGGAAUCACAGGUUUGUAACAUACGGAAUGCAAGAAUCGUUUCAGCGGUUGUCUUUCUUAUGCUCCUGGUAGUGAACAUGCAUUUUUUGUGGACACAUGAUGUGGUGGAAAUAGGCAUGCAUGGACGAAAAAAAGACUGUUAUAUAGGCAGACUAGAAUAUAAAUAUUUUGUUGAGUAUGUGUGGACGUGGAUCGAUUUCUUUGUUUUUUCAUCUAAUCCAUUUGUUAUCAUGGUGGUUGGAAACAUUUUAAUCUUAAGAAACUUGAGAAUAUCAUCUAGGAAAUUGCAGGACCAUAGAGAAUAGUCUUCGCGUAGUACAUACCAUUCUUUGAAACGCCCAAUUUCUAGUAUAUUUUUGUCAGAACAAAGCCCACCUGCAAAUUCGCAGUUCGUGGACACUAAUACUAUUCCAGAAGAAAGUUCACUUGCACCAGAAGAAGCUAUGUCAGAAGUCACUUCGCAUGUAAUAGUUCCUAUGCCACAAGCUAAUGUGCUUGUAAUGGAUCAUAUGCAUGAUAAAAAUUUGUAUGUAAAAUUUGCUAUUUCUGAAGCAAAUUCGUGUAUAACUGAUCCUAUUCCAAAAGCGAAUUCGCUUGUAACAGAUUCAGUAUCAGAAACGAUUCCUUCUGAAACGGAAACUACUGAAGGACCGCAGACAGUCAAAACAAUUUUCAGUAAUGUUUGGUCAGUAUACAAUCUUGAAGAGGAUCGACCUAGCCCACCUGCAAAUUCCCAAUUCAUAGACACUAUAACCGAAGAUAAUUCGCUUACAACAGAUGCUCAUUCAGAAGCCAUUUCGCAUGUAAUGGAUCCCAAUCCAGAAGAUAAUUUGAAUGUAAUGGAUCCUAUGACUGAAGCUAAUUCACAUAUAACGGAUCCUAUGCGAGAAGGUAAUUCACUUGUAAGAGAUGCAGUGCCAGAAACAAUUCCAUCUAAACUCGGAACUGCAGAAAGUCAGCAGUCGAUCUACUUUAAAAUUAUGAUGAUUACAAACAUGUCAAAACUGAAAUCAUUCUGCACAAAAAUAUUUAUUACAAGGGGGAGCCAUACAAAGCUGGCACUAAUGUUUCUAUUGAUUAAUUACACGUUUCUUCUGUUGACGUCACCAAUUGUGAUUUACCUGAUUGGGUUAAGUCACUGGCAGGUCUCUCCAGAUGUACACGAAGAGGCGGAACUAACGCUUGGCUGGGCUGUAACCAACAUCUUGCAGUAUGCUGGCAAUUCCAUUCAUUUCUUCCAGUAUUACCUGACAAUAUCUUCUUUCCGUAAAGUGUUCUGGUCGACAUUUGGUAAACCACGUAUCAGUCCCAAGGUGUAAGUGACGUGUUACAUCCUACCCCCUUACAACAGUUGAAUCCAAUGAAAAUAUUUCACAUCACAUCCUUAAUAUCAAAGAACUGUAUUCCAGCUUGUUUUGUUAACGAGAGUCUGGUCUGCUACUUCUCUUCAAAUCAGACAUGAAAGUUUUCAAUAUUUAUCCUGAAUUCUGGAAAUUUGAGUGUUUGUAUAGGGUUUUCAGGUGUUUCACUGGUCCUCCUGAAGUUGCCAGCUUCUCUGUUGAAAAUUUACAAUAUGGUUGAUAUUUUGCAUACAUUCUGAAUGGAGGCCUUUCUUUUAGAUCAUUGUACAACCAUAACACCAGGCCAAUCUCGGUACCCGAACAUCAAUAUGAAAACUUCUGGAUUUUUAUUUGUUUUAUUAUUAUUAUCCAGAUUAUUUAAUAUUUCUUUGUGUAAUGCUUUUUUUUCUCUUUAAAUUCUGCAUUUUUAGUUAAUUGUAUGAAGUAUUCUGUGUAAUAAAAUUCCCAUAAAUGAGAGAAAAUGUU